AUGGCAGACAAGGGUAGCGUGGAGAAGUACCUUGAGAACAACCCGCAGUUCGCCAAAGAGUACUUUGAUAAGAAGAUGCGCGCUGAAGCCCUUUCCGCCGCCUUUUCUGCGCCUCUGGACGUCAAAGACACAGCUUCCUUCAAGGAUAUUAACUCUGUGCAAGAAGCCGGUAUCAUAUUCGAGCUCAUCCAGGAGAUGCAGAAACAGGGGGUCAUGAUGGAGCAGUCCCUCCACAAAGUGUUGCAGAGAGUCGCUAUGAUCUUACAGGCUGACAGGGUCAGCUUCUACUCGUGCCGGUCCAGGAACGGGACACCUGAGCUCGCGACUUGCCUCUUUGACGUGACUCCGACGUCCAAGUAUGAGGCAAACCUGGUCAACCCCCAGGGCGAGAUCGUGUUUCCUUUGGAAAUGGGCAUCGUCGGGCACACGGCACAGUGCAAAAAGCCCCAAAAUGUCCCUGACGUCUCAGCGGUGAGAAGUCAAUUAGUCCACGCGCUCUGUAGUGCGCACGCUCUUCUCUGAGUAACUUCAUCUUAGUGGUCAAAAUUACAUGGAGAAGUAAUGGUUCUGUAUCAAUGUUGAUACAAAGUUCUGAUAUCAGCAAUUUUACUGAAGCCUAAACACACAAACAAACAAACAAAGUAAGCAAACAGCUUCAAGAAGUGCACAGUAUCCAACACAUUUGGACGAAUAAGCCGAAAAGCUAAGAUAGACUCACCAACUUUAUUUGAGUCAUAGUGAAUCUGAUAGAGCAACUUGUAAAUAUGUAUUUUCGGUUGUUUUUGAAUUGGGUCCUACCAUAUAUUUUUACUGCUGAUCACAUCAUUAAGGUUUUGCUAUCAGUGUUUCAAAAGUAAGUGAUUUGAACUGUUCGAAAAAAAAAAAAACAGAUUAGAAUUACUGAUGUGAAAAUAUGCUUAUGACUCAAAGCUUUGGUCAGAAGUAAUCUUCAUUUGUUAUUGCCUGUUAUCUCUGCAAGACAUUAAAUCGUUUUUUUUUAUAUCAAAACAAACAUGUUGAUGUACUGCUCAAAUAUUGUCACUUCUAACUAUAAAUGUAGCAGGUGGAGCUGUAAACAGUAGCAGUUUACUACCAAUCAAACCAAAUGGGGGAAAAAAAAAUGUCACAGACUUGUGGGUAAAUCUCUAAAUUUAAUGAUUAAUGAGCAUGCAAAAAUAACAAUGUGACUAUCUGAACUGUUUUAUGUUGCUAAUGUUGCUUUAAAUCUCUUCAAAUUCAAACCAAAUCUGAUAUCGCUCUUGUUGUCUCUCACUGCAGAACAAAAAGUUCUGUGACUUUGUGGACAAACAGACUGGAUACAAGACAAAAUCCAUGCUCACUUUCCCUCUGAUGGCUGACAAAGAGUGCCUCGGCGUUGUCAUGGCAUUAAACAAAAUAGGAGCUGAUGCAUUUUCUGCAGAGGAUGAAGCGGUAAGGGUACACACUCAAACAUGCACGUUCAUCUUUAUUAGUAUUAGUCACUUGUCAUUAGUCACUGUUACUGAGUCAGCUGAGACAGAGAUGUGUUUUAUGAUAAACCGAAGCCUCAUUGUGUUGUUUCAGUUAUUUGUCAUGUGUAGUUGCAGCUCAAACCCUUCAUGAUAUGCAGGAAUUCUCUGUUUUAAUUAUCCACACUUGUUUGUCUGCUCCUUUAAAAUGCCUCUGAUUUGCUGUUAUAGAUUUGCAUCUAACUAAAGAUUAUUGCUGUAAUUACAUCUCACCAGCAGGGUGCAAAACACCCAUUAUGCCAGUGGGAGCCAAUCAAACCUGGCUGAAGUAAUUUGUGUCUUUUUUCAGCUUUCCACUUGAAAAACACAAACAUAAUGACAUAGAGGGACUUUUAUCUAUGUAGUCUGUAUUAACCCUUUGUCUCUUGUUAUUCAGUAGUCUCUCAUUUUCACUUAGGGACAGUUUUUGUUCACUUGCAUAAACCAAAAAAGAACAUUUGAACAUCUGAGGAAAGGAAAAACUACAAAGUGAAAAAUGCAUAUUAUGCAUUUUAAUGUCUUGAAGUUCUGUGAUCAGAUUAUGAACUUCUUUUUCCUUUCCCCAUGUAACCCUCUUUUGUUAAAAAAAAAUGGGAAAAACUUCCUAGGGGAACCUUUUUUACUUACUGAAUCAUUAUGGGGUUUAGAAAUUGAAUCAAGCUUCAUCAUCAGAUAAUUUCUAUGUAAACCCAAGUUCAAAACAUUGGAAAUAGUAGACAAUGCAAUCCUGAAGUUUGCAAGCACAGCAAUCUUAAACUGAUGCAGUGUAUUGAUGAAACCUUUAAUCUGCUUUGGCCCUUAGCUCUUCCACAAGUACAUGAACUUUGCUCAAGUCAUCGCCCUGCAGCAUUUCACAAGCUACAUGUUCAACGUGGAGUCCAGAAGAAGUCAGGUAUACUCAUCUGCUGCUGUUCAAUACAUCUCUGCUCUAGGUAUCCACUGGAAUCAUUGUACACUGGACAAUACUGCAGCCCUCUGUUGAAACACACACCAAACAAAAAAGACAUAAUAUGCUUGGCCAACAUGAGCUCCUUAUGGAUGUAAUGUCAUUCUUUUGCUUAUAGGUGCUUCUGUGGUCAGCCAGUAAAGUGUUUGAGGAGUUGACAGACAUUGAGAGACAGUUCCACAAAGCGCUUUACACUGUAAGGACCUAUCUACAAUGUGACCGAUACUCAGUGGGUCUGUUGGAUAUGACCAAAGAGAAGGUAAGAGCAGAAAAAAGGAAGGAUCAAACUGAACAGAUAGGAUUAAAUGGAUGGUAUCCAAGGCUGUAGAGUCUCAGGACUUGAACAAAUCUGUCAUUGCUUCCCCCCCUGCAGGAAUUCUAUGAUGAAUGGCCUGUGAAACUUGGAGAUGUGGAACCUUAUAAAGGACCAAAAACACCAGAUGGCAGGGUAACAAACUUAUUUUUCCCCGUGUUUAUUCAGGUUUUUCGUCACAUGUAGUAACCUUAAAACUUCCUAUUGUGCACGUCCAUUUUAGGGUAAUCAAUAGUUUCUAAAAGGCUUUUAUUUUCUGUACAGGAAGUCAACUUUUACAAGAUUAUCGAUUACCUCCUGGAAGGAAAAGAGGAAAUUAAAGUCAUACCGUGAGCAUUUUAUUUACACACUACAAAUACAGUUAAAUCCCAGCAUGAGAAAAAUCACUAAAUGACAUUUGCUGAAAAAUCAAACAUUAUUCUCUACAUGUUUGUCUGUUCUUUGAAAAUUGAAGUCCUCGUCUAGUCUUACUGAGAAUUUAAGCUUGCUCUCAGUCAAACUAACGAAAUGCAAAGCUGAAAUUUAGUUUUGAAAUGAUAUAAAGCAGAUUCAGACAGUUCAGUAUCCCCCCUCCAGCUGACAGGCCUCUUAGGACUUCUCUCUUUUCUGCUUUUUUAGGACUCCACCUGCAGAUCACUGGGCUCUUGUCAGCGGACUUCCCACCUAUGUUGCAGAGAAUGGCUUUGUAAGUCUCUGAAUGUUGGUUGAGGACAAUUUAUCAUCACAAUCUCAAAAAUGAUAAAUGACUGAGAUCGGGCUCUGACUAACUGAUUGAAAUGAAUGAUGCAUGGGCACACUGAGUUUAAAAUGAAGCUAGUGUGUGGAGUGGAUUAUAAAUUGGAACAGUAAUGAUGAUAUGAAGUUGCUUGGUAUAGGUGUGCAUUUUAAGGGCUUUAUCCACAAGUAAAUGCAAGUAACCAAAACAAAAAUUUAUGAAAAAUGUAUCAAAAUAAAUUGUAGACAAAUUAAAAAGACAGAUUCCAGAUUGAUAUCUAUUUACAUUUUUGAAGUCAAGAACCAUUGUUAACUUUUUUUUUUUAACAGAUUUGCAACAUGAUGAACGUAGUUUCAGAUGAAUACUUCACCUUCCAGGUAAGGAGACUUUCACUGUGUAUCCUCAUAAAGAAAGAAAGAGUGUGUUCACAAUGAUUGAUGAACUUAUUAGGACUGAAGCCCUUUGUGUAGCUUAUACAGAUGUUCUGGCAGAUUCAGAAACUGGCUUCAAACUGCAUGAUUUGAUUCUUUUAAAUUUACUGUGUUUCAGAAAGAGGCUGUAGAUGAGACAGGCUUUCUGAUCAAGAACGUCUUGUCACUGCCUAUCGUCAACAAGAAAGAAGAAAUAGUGGGCGUUGCCACUUUCUUCAACAGAAAAGAUGGCAAACCGUUUGAUGAGCAUGAUGAGCAGAUCACAGAGGUCAGCACCAGGAAUACAGUCACUCUAUUUUCCUGCCUCUCUCAUACUGUUGUAUUUUUGUCCUUGCGCUUAAAGAGCAGAUUUCCUCUCACAAUAAUGAGAUUGAAAACAAGCUGUGAAACAUGUUAUAUUCUUUUUCCUCUCGUUCUCACCCACUUUUGUUGUUUGAACCAGGCUCUCACACAGUUCUUGGGUUGGUCAGUGCUGAACUGCGACACCUACGACAGGCUGAACCGCAUGGAAUGGAGGAAAGACAUCGCCCAAGAGAUGCUCAUGUACCAGACCCAAUGCACUAAAGAUGAAAUACAGACCAUCCUGGUAUUUAUUCAUCUUUUAUCUUCAGAUUUUUGACCUGAGGAGAAAAAACAGUCAAAUUUAUGCAUGAGGGAUAGUCUUCUUAUGGCAGCUAUUACAUGACUAACAUAAAACUCUGGUGGAUCCACUUCAGUGGCUCACAUUUGAGACAGUAACCACACAGGUUAAUACCUGGAGCACCUGUUUGAUGUGGUGGAAACAUCAAAUUGUGAAAUUAUCUUUACCAAUGAUUGUUUAAUGUAAAUGUCUCUUUAAAUGAGUUUACCUUUUUUCAUGACCAGAACACCAAAGAGAAGUUUGAUGCUGAGCCCGAAGACUGUGACCAGAAAGAAAUGUACAAAUUGUUGGUAAGUCUGGUACCUGGUUCCUCUUCAAUUCAACUUUCAUGAACUUUUCUACCUGAAUCUUUUGAGCAUUUUCAUACUCAUAGACACUUAACGUUGUUUUUUUUUUUGUUGUUGUUCAGAAAGCAACAUGUCCCCCAGCGGACAACGUCAACGGAGAGAAUCUCUACCUGUUCUCCUUUAGUGACUUCCCUGUCUCGGAGUUCGACCUCAUCAAAGCUGGCAUUCGCAUGUUCUUUGAGCUCGGAGUUGUUGAAAAGUUUAAAGUUCCAGCAGAGGUUAGCUCUCUCUCUGUUCAUCCAUACAAAUGAGAUAUUCUGUAUGGUGCCUGUGGUGCAAAAACUCAUUCCAUUCUUUGACUUUAACCCCAAGCUUUUAUAAUUAAAAUAUAAGACUAGGAUGACAUGAAAGAAUUGUUUUAUGCAGACAUCUAAUACACCAGAAUUUUUUAAAGUGUGUUUGUCUUGAAUUGCUUUUCUAUAUCUAACUUGUCUCACUCUCAGACACUAACCAAGUGGAUGUACACAGUGAGGAAGGGCUACCGUUCAAUCACCUACCACAACUGGAGGCAUGGCUUCAACGUGGGCCACACUAUGUUCUGUCUGCUGCAGGUAAGGCUCACAAUACUUGAUCUUGGACAUUUUAGCAUUGCUUUAAAGAGUCUCAUUUACUGCUUAACUUCAUGCUGCUCAGUCAGCUUGAGCUGUCUGCUCAAAACUAUAAAUGCAAUGUAUGAAGUGACAUUUUACAGACGGCUACACCCUCCACGACCCAUAAAAUGUUAAUAAUCCCAGAGAGAGAGUCUCAGGUUGUACCCAAUCUAGUGACACUGGAUGAUAUUUACAUUUUCUCAGUUAAUUGAUUCCAGCUACAAAUGAACCAGAGCAAUCAUGUGUUUCUGUUGGCAUCAUGUCUACUAACUGCACACAACUUAGCAUCAUUUGUCUCCAUCGCCUCCAGACAGGAAGGCUGAGGAAGUACUACUCUGAUCUUGAUGCCUUUGCUAUGGUGGCUGCUGCUUUCUGCCACGACAUCGACCACAGAGGAACCAACAAUCUCUACCAGACAAAGCAAGUGGAGAUCAUGUUUGAUUGUCUGAUUGUUUGUGUGUGACAUGUACACUGUCAGUUUUUCUUUCAAUCAGUUAAUGUCAUUUUUUUUUAAUUUUUUUAUAGGAGUGCAGCGCCUUUGGCUAAACUCCACGGCUCCUCCAUCAUGGAGAGGCAUCAUUUGGAGUUCAGCAAGACAAUUAUGGCUGAUGAGGUACAACUAAAAAGAAUUAGGCAGUGAUUUUUGACAAUAAACACACUAUUGAAAAGCUGUUUGUCAUUUCAACAUUGACCAUUCUCUCUUUCACAGAGCCUGAACAUCUUCUGCAACCUGCAGAAACGUCAGUUUGAGACUGUGCAGCACCUGUUUGACGUCUGCAUCAUCGCCACUGAUCUGGCUCUUUACUUCAAGUAGGUUUUCUAAAAAAAUUCAGAUUUUUCAUAGCUACAAAGCUACAAUCUCAAAUGUAAAACAACAUGAUUGAAAAGGCUGCCUGGUCUGUUGUUGCUUUAAAGUUUUGCAGCAUGGUGUUCUGUCUACACAGGCAAUUUUUUUUGUCAAAGUUUGAUAUUAUGUUUUGAUUUUUUUUUUGUUUUUGUUUUUUUUUUCACCCACGCAGAAAGAGGACUAUGUUCCAGAACAUUGUGAAUGCCACAGAACCAAUGGCAGAUGAAAAGGAGGCCACAGCAUACGUUUCCAACAACGCCAUUAGGAAGGAAAUUAUCAUGUAUGUAGUUAAUUAAAGUGGAAAAUGAAUGUAAUCCAAAGUUUUUUUGGGGAAAAGCCCUACAAACACAAAAGACCCUAAAAAUCCCCAGUAUCAGGAGCAGUGGUUGAUAUCAUCUGCCCGCCCUGACUCUCUCUGUCUAUCUGUUUCUACAUCUCCAGGGCUAUGAUGAUGACAGGUUGUGACUUGUCAGCCAUCACCAAACCUUGGGAGGUUCAGAGCAAGGUGAGUGGCCAUUAAGGAGAUAUAAAGAGGUUUUGAAAUCAUGUUGCAGAGGAUAAAGGAUUAAAAAAACAAAAACCCAAAAGUUAAAAUGUAGAACCACAAAAUCUAAAAAUGAGAUAAAAGUUCUUUAAAUCAACCAUGAUGGACACUAGCAGCUCAGAUCAGUUGUACUCUUUGUUCCUCUGUCUUGCUCUGUUUCAAGUAUCUGUGUUAUUCCUCCAUGGUCCCAUCCAGGUGGCUCUGAUGGUCGCAGCUGAAUUCUGGGAACAGGGAGACUUGGAGCGAUCUGUUUUGGACCAGCAGCCAAUCGUAAGCUUGAUCUGUUUUUCAUGUGUUCUCUUCUUUUCACAUGUUUUCCUGUUUUUGCUUUAUUUUCUAUUUGUGAAACCCUCCUUAUCUUCUUUCUUUCCUCAGCCCAUGAUGGACAGAAACUGUGCCGAACAGCUACCCAAGAUGCAGUGCGGUUUCAUCGACUUUGUGUGCUCGUUUGUAUACAAGGUAAUUAAGGGCUUCUUAAACGCUCACAUUGAUAAUUUAUCCCCCCCCAAAAAAAAUAAAAAAAAGCAACAAUACAACACAGUGGGAGAGAUGUGAUGGAUUACAGCUGGUAACAAUUUAGUAGAAACUUUAAGAGAAUCAUAACUUUGAAAAAAUAAGCCAAAGUAAAAGUGGACAGCAGCUUCAAGUCUUCACUCCAUCCAAGUUAGUUAGCAUAACUGUUCUGACUGCAUCAGAAAAGUGCAGCUUCAACUCUACAGUGAUAGAACUGAAUUAAGAGCAUAAAGUGCAACUCUACAAUGCACUCUGAUAGAAGGAUAUUCCUCAAAUUCAAAAAUGUCCAUUAAGUUUCAUGAUUUCAUCAGAAGCUUUUGUUUUUGUAGCUUCAUUCCUCCCAUGAUGUAUUGAAAUGAACCUGUUGAACUCAGCUGGCCCCACCAGGAAUGCCAGUUAGCUAUUUGUCACUUUGUCAGGAUGGUAUUUGGACAAGAUCACACGCAUCCAUAACUAUGAGUGUGGAUCGGUCAUCCCAGAGGGCCCCCGGUCUGAGAGGAACGUGAAAUUUGCAACCGCAGAACUGUGAAAACAUGAACUCAUGUCCAGUGUGUUUUUCUUCAUUUAUCAGGAGUUCUCCAGGUUCCACAAAGAGAUCACGCCCAUGUUUGAUGGCCUGAACAACAACAGGGCACACUGGAACGAGCUGGCGGAGGUGUACAAUGCAAAGAUGAAGGCCAUCGAGGAUGAGAAGAAGAAACUGGAAGAAGAGGAAGCAAGGAAAGGUAAAUAAAAAAGCUGGAUUUGUGUACGAUAAAAGAUCAGUGUCAAGAAACACCCCACAUAAAUGUUUAUGUCUAUUUUUUUCUCUAGCUGGAGGUGAUGGCGGGAAAUCAAAGACCUGCACCAUCUGCUAAGUUCCUGCGGUGCUCGGAUUUGACUGGCACAGUCUGGUUAGGACUGAGCUAGGCUACGCUAGCCUAAUCUUGUCUGACAACUAGUCUAGUUUGACCCCGACUCGUCUAGCUCGGUUUGGUCUGAUCUACACCAGCGUAGUUCUCUUUCUGGUUAAGUGCUGUCUGCCCUGGUGCAGGUCAGUCCAGCUCUGGUCUUGUCUGGAACAGUCUAGCCUAAACUUUAGUCCAAUGUAGUCAUGGUCUGGUCUGCAGUCCAGCCUAACCAUUCUCCAAGGAGGGAAGAGUCAGAAACAUCACCGUGAAGAAGCACUGUUGGGACUCUGCCUGCAAGAGAAGCUGUUUGACUGAUGUGUUUGAGACUUCCUCCGUCCUCUACGUCUGCAUGAACAUUUGAAAACCAACACGUACAUGGACAACAUAUAAUCCCCUUAAUGAUAGCAAUAAUGUGAAAUAUUCUGACAUGUGUGGUUUGAAACCAUUGUUGGAGAAGCUCAUAAGCUUUUACAAGUCAAGCUAAAGUACAGCUCCUAACUCUUAAGUAGUUCGUAAGGUUAAGCAAUGCACUCUGCUGCUGCCGUUUUAGCAGUGGCAGGCCAUGCACGGAGAA